UGCGCCGGGCGGCGGUGGGAGGGCGCGCUGGGAGCUGUAGUCCGCGCGGCGCUGGGCUGGGCCGGGCCGGGCCGCGUCGCUCGGGGCCGGGCGCUCCCUCGCCGCCGCUGAGGCGGGCGGAGCCGGCGGCGCCCCCAUGGCGGCGGCGGCGGAGCGGACGGACGAGCUGGUGCGGGAGUAUCUGCUCUUCCGCGGCUUCACCGCCGCCCUCAAGCAGCUGGACGCCGAGAUCAAGGCGGACCGCGAGAAGGGCUUCCGGGUGGACAAGAUAGUGGACCAGCUGCAGCAGUUUGUUCAGAGCUACGACCUGGCCGCCCUGCGGGAUUACUGGAGUUACCUGGACCGGCGCCUUUUCAGCCGUUUGGAAGACGUGUACCGGCCCACGGUGAACAAGCUGAAAACCAGCUUAUUCCGAUACUACCUCGUCCACACUGUUCAGAGUGGCCGCAAUGACAAGGCACAGGAGUUUUUCCUCAAGCAGGCCUCCGAGCUCCAGAACCAGGCGGAGUGGAAGGAUUGGUUUGUCCUGCCCUUCCUCCCUGCCCCAGACUCCAACCCCACCUUUGCCACAUAUUUCUCACGCCAGUGGGCAGAUACGUUCAUCGUGUCCCUCCACAACUUCUUGAGUGUCUUAUUUCAGUGCAUGCCAGUGCCAGUCAUUUUGAACUUUGAAGCUGAAUGUCACAGGAGCAGUCUCAUACAAGAAGAAAAUGAAUCCUUGCGUCAUAAGCUUUUUGCUUUGCAGGCUGAAUCCUCCCGCAUGAAGAAAGAGGAACUGGAAGUGGAAGAAGCAGUUGUGCAUCACAAGCUGCCUGCGUAUGUGGCCAACAUGGAUCGACUAGGGGACUCUGAGCUUGAUAUGACCUGCAGCCAGAGGAGCACUGCACAUUCUCUUCAGUCCCGUGGAGGCUUUCUCUCCUCUUUCCUCUCCCAGAGCAAAAAGGGCCCUUCCAGACCAGCUCAGCCAAGUGGGGCUUCUCCAACACAGAGCAGCAGCACGCUGCUUGGGAAGAAAGAACCAGCAAAUCACCAGAGUGCCAAAGGAAAAGAAGGAGCAGUGACCUGUAAGGAUGGGAAGAGCCACUUCAGCGGGUUAGCAGCGGGCGAGUCAAGCUCCCUGCAGCAGCGGCAGAAGCGCUUGCAAGAGCACGGGAAGGAAAGGAGAGAACUGCUGUCAAAAGGGACCUUUCAGGGCCAAAGUGCUGAGAAGAAAACAGAUAUUAGCACAUCUGAGACAGAGCCAUGCUCAGAGCUGCAAGCUGACCAAGCAGAGACUUCAACCAAAGUGCCCGCCAGUGGUACAGAGGCUGUGGGGGUCCGACAGGAGCAGCCUUUCAUCGUCCUGAGCCAGGAGGAGUACGGGGAGCACCAUUCGUCCAUCAUGUACUGCAGGGUUGAUUGUUCUGGACGGAGGGUGGCCAGCUUGGAUGUGGAUGGAGUCAUCAAAGUGUGGUCUUUUAACCCAAUAAUGCAAACUAAAGCUUCAUCUAUUUCCAAGUCUCCGCUGCUGUCUCUGGAAUGGGCAACCAAGCGUGAUCGGCUGCUGUUGCUUGGCAGUGGAGUCGGGACGGUUCGUCUGUAUGACACAGAAGCAAAGAAGAAUCUCUGCGAAAUCAGCAUUGAUGAAGACAUGCCCAGAAUCCUGUCGCUUGCCUGCAGCCCAAGUGGUGCCUCCUUUGUCUGUUCUGCAGCAGCCCAGAGCCCCAUCUCUCACAUAGACUUCUCAGCAGUCAGCUCUGGGGGCAAAAGCAUGAACCAAGUUCCUGGGAAGCUGUUGCUAUGGGACACUAAAACGAUGAAACAGCAGCUGCAGUUCUCCCUGGAGCCCGAGCCCAUCGCUAUUAACUGCACAGCCUUCAACCACAACGGCAACCUGCUGGUCACAGGGGCUGCAGAUGGGAUCGUUCGUCUCUUUGAUAUGCAGCAGCACGAGUGCGCCAUGAGCUGGAAGGCACACGAGGGGGAAGUCUACUCCGUGGAGUUCAGCUAUGAUGAGAACACAGUCUACAGCAUAGGCGAGGAUGGCAAGUUUAUUCAGUGGAAUAUUCACAAGAGUGGCUUGAAGGUGUCGGAGUACGAUCUUCCCAGCGAAGCUACGGGUCCCUUUGUGCUGUCUGGAUACAGUGGAUACAAGCAAGUCCAGUUCCCGCGAGGAAGACUUUUUGCCUUUGACUCUGAGGGGAACUAUAUGCUGACAUGUUCCUCAACGGGGGGAGUCAUUUUUAAAUUGAACGGUGAGGAAAAGGUCCUGGAGAGUUGCCUUUCCCUGGGAGGACACCGAGCUCCUGUUGUCACAGUGGACUGGAGCACGGCCAUGGACUGUGGGACCUGCCUCACUGCCUCCAUGGAUGGGAAGAUUAAGUUAACAACCUUACUGGCUCAAAAGUCUUAACCAGAACAGUGCUGAAGGAAAAGAACAGCGGACUUGAAAAAAACAAACAGUGUUAACUCCACAGGAACAAAUUGCAUGGGAGGGAAGGCAAACCACAAUCACUCUUCUCAUUUUAGCUUUUGCCUCUUGACAAAUGUUAAAUACAUAUGCCAAACCACUGUGCAAUAGAAUGCCGAUCUGGGACCAGAUCAGUGGCAGCAGUGAAAAAUACAACUCCACUGACCCAUUGUGGCAGCUGGGCUCCCUCUGUUAGGGAGUCUUGAAGCAGCACGUGGCUAGGAGGCUGCUGGGAUCACGUCAGGGGUUGUGCAGAAGGUGACGCUGGAGGAGGCAUACAUGAGGCAGCACAAUGUGUGGUGACACAGAUGGCUCAAACUGGAAAGGCCAGUGCAAAACCAGAGUAUUCUUUGGGUAUAAUGUGUUUUUUUGUUUGUUUGUUUGUUUUCAUAAAGAGAAAUUAUUCCCUUGCA